CCGUAGUUCCGUGGCGGGCUCAAGUAAAUAAAGUGCAGAUGUGUAACGAGAGGUGAUUCUUUCUUUUCGUCAUUAUGUGUUUUCUGUUGUCAUUGAUGGCUCUAUAAUUAUAUGGCAUAGGCUCAGUUAUUUCGCUUCAUGCACGGUAAUUUUUAUUCCGUGCAAAUAUAAUGGAAAAUAUGUUUGGCAGUCCGAAACCAGGCAUUAUUGCAGUGGUGGGAGACAGAGUUGCUGGCAUACAGCCAACCUUGCAUCAUAAGGCACUGAACAUACCUACAACACAGGGAGCACGUGACACUCGAGAAGGAACGAAGAGUGGACAUUGGCUUGUCCUUACCACUCGACUCGCUGAAACAUCACUUGUAAAAGAGUUGCAUGAUAUACCCAGAUAAUGAACAUGGAUCAAGUCAUUCUAAUCUCAAGUGACUCAAGCGCACCAGCUUCUCCAGAAAAUUAUCAAGAUAAUUAUUAUAAAAAUGAUUUCAAGUCUUCUGAUGUCUCACCAGAAAAAUCACUUGUUGUGCACAAAACAGUGGAGAGUCUUGUAAAAAUGAGCCAGGAUAGUGGGCUUAGUCUUGGUGUCAGUCCCCAGCAAAAGGACAGAGAUGUUUUAUCAGAAGCAUGCCUGCGUGGAUAUGAUUCUGACAUAGUGGACUUGGGAUACGGUGAGAUACCAUAUGAAGAUGUUGGAUCUAAUAUACAUCCUUCUGCUGAUAUAGUAGCCUUGAAAGACACAGCUGAUAAUCUGGGUACCAAUUCAGGAAACAGUGGAAGCGAUUACAAUAUGAAAGAAAACCCUCCAGAUUUGUUUUCCGAAGCAUUAAAUCAGUUACGAACACUUUUACCGUCAUCGCAUGACAAGGAGGACGAUCAAAAGAAGAAGAAGAAAGGUAGAAUUAAUAAAGAAGCAAUUCUGGAAGAGAAAAUGCAGAAAAAAGCCGAAAAGGAGAAGAAGAAAGCAGAGGCAGCCCUGGAUAAAGCUAUGAAACAAGCAGCAGCAGCAUCAAGUCGCCUCAAAAAGCCAGGCGAGUGUCUCAAGACUAUUAAGGUUGUUGUGGAUAAUGCACUGAUACGAGAAAAGUUUGGAGGAGCUCUGUUGUCUGCCUUGGAAGAAAUAGAGGUAGAACGUUGUAUGCAGUCACAGCCCAUCCCAAGCACUGUUACAUGGCUGCGCCAGAUCAUCGAACACAGCAUUGACGAAGACAGCCAGAAGCUGGAAGUGAUUACAAAGUACAAAGAAGAGGACUAUGCUUUGUUGAUAUGGACGUGGGAUAUGGUAAAGAGUCAGAUGCAGUCAGGCAUAUUUAUUGCAUCUGUAUUAUCUGUUGCAUCAUCACUUCCUGGCAAGAAGAUGACACUUUUAAUUUAUGACUCUGAGAAAUAUUCAAGGAACAAGAAACCACAGAAGAAGGGAAGUUAUUACACAGAAUCAUCACCAUCCGAAGAUGAGCUGCUGGAGGCCCUCGUAGAAUUGCAGUUGCGACACGGCUGUCAGUAUCAUCUUGUGCACACCCCAGAGGAGCUUGGUGCAGCAAUUGGGCAGCUUACAAAGGCUAUUUCUGUGAAACCAUUCAAAUUGGAAAAGCAGGAGGAACAGAUGAAAGAGACAGACUGGUUUGCAGCAGGUGACUCUAACGACUGUGUGAAGGUGGACAAACACGGCAACGGGAUGCUGCAGCUGUGGCGGCAGCAGCUAUGCCAGUUCCCACUGGCGAGCUUAGCCACAGCCGAAGCUAUUUCCGCUGUUUACCCUUCACCACGUGCCCUUCUAGAGGCCUACAAGUGCUGCAAAAGUGAAAAAGAGGGGCUGCUGCUACUGCAAGAUAUAAAGGUGCGACGUGCAGCAGGGCCACUGGCAACUGUACAAAGAAUAGGACCUGAGCUCAGCAAGAAGAUUUUUAAAUUUUUUAAUUCCAGUGAUGGAGAUGAAUUGUUGUAAUUCUGUAUGCAUGACAAAUUUUUUU